CUUGACUUUCAUUGUUUGUUUUGUCUAAAUGUUAUUGUGACUUUCUUCAUUUUUAGCUGCGUUACUUCUGCUGCUAACUGUAGAUCUGGUUGGUUUUGUUUUUUUAUAGAUGGUACUUACACUGAUGUUGUUGUGACUUUCUUCAUUUUUAGCUGCGUUACUUCUGCUGCUAACUGUAGAUCUGGUUGGUUUUGUUUUUUUAUAGAUGGCACUUACACUGAUGUUGUUGUGACUUUCUUCAUUUUUAGCUGCGUUACUUCUGCUGCUAACUGUAGAUCUGAUGGCACUUACACUGAUAUCCAUCUUGGUUGCUGCCAUUCCUGUGGCCUACUGCUAUCCUACUGCCUUUCAGGACCUGGAGGAAACUAGCGCAAACCGAACCUCCAUUAGGUUCCUGGCUUUAGGAGACUGGGGCGGGUUGCCUUAUCCCCCCUACAUCACUGCUGUGCAGAAGGUUACUGCUAAAGAAAUGAGCAACGUAGCAGAGCAGAUGGGAGCUGACUUUGUUCUGGCCCUUGGCGAUAACUUCUACUUCAAAGGUGUGGACAGUGUAGAUUCUCCUCGGUUUCAGGACACGUUUGAGUUGGUUUACACAGCAAAGUCUCUCAAAGUCCCUUGGUAUGUGCUCGCUGGCAAUCAUGACCACGCAGGGAAUGUCAGAGCCCAGAUCGAGUACAGCCACAAAUCUGACCGGUGGACGUUCCCCUCCUACUAUUAUGAGCUGAACUUUCACAUCCCCAACACUGGGAAGACUUUGACCAUCAUCAUGCUUGACACUAUAAUGCUGUGCGGCAACUCUAACGACUUCGUGGAUGAGAAGCCCAGAGGCCCUCUGUGUGUGGUGGACGCCAACCGUCAGCUGAUGUGGCUGCAGGAGAGACUGGCUCGGUCCAAGGCAGACUUCCUGUUGGUGGCCGGCCACUACCCUGUGUGGUCGGUGUCUGAGCACGGGCCCACAGAGUGUCUCCUGCAGAGGCUUCGUCCCCUUCUCAUUAAACACAAUGCCACUGCAUACCUCUGCGGUCACGACCAUAAUCUGCAGUACAUUGAGGAGUCUGGUGUGGGCUACGUGGUGAGCGGUGCUGGAAACUUCCUGGAUCCUGAUGUCCGUCACUGGAAUCAUGUUCCCAAAGGUUCUGUGAAGUUCUUCACCGGCCAAGCUUCAACACUGGGAGGCUUCGUCCAUGCAGAAGUCACAAACAACAAGAUGAUCCUGACCUUCUUCCAGGCUAAAGGCACUUCCCUCUAUCGCACGGUCCUCUCCCGAAGGGUCUUUGAGUAGACUAGCUCAUUAAUUCAUAAUUGCAUAUAGUAAUUACUAACUUCGGUUUUUAACCUUUGGUGUUAAUAUUUCAACGUAAUUUACUUUUUAAAGAGACUCUUAAAUUUAACAUGUUUUUGUGCUAAAAUAAUAAAUGUGGUUUGUAAAGUG